AGGAAGGGCGGACCGCGGCCGAGGCAGGAACUAGGGUCCGGGGGGCCUGGGGAGUGGGUGGGGCGGAGCGCCGGCACCUGAGCCGGCUUUGGUGCCCAGACUCUGAGAGACGCUCUGUCCUCGGUUAAGACCGAUCUUGGGCUCCAGCCCCGCCGGACUCCGGCGCGUGUACUGGAACUUAAACCGCCCAUGCUGUCUCCCAUGCUUUGUCCAUCAGAGAAAAAGCAAAGGGAGAAAACAAAUCCGAACGCGCCUAUGCGCAGCUUCUGGCCUUUUCCAAAACGGCAACUUUUUCUCUCCCAUUCAUCUCGGUGAGCGCAAGCGGCGUUCCCUUUCACUCGCCGCAGGAAAUUGAUUCCUCCCAGGGCUAGCGCCUAGACCCGCGGUAUCCCUGUGGGGAUUGUUUACCGAGAUUUGUCAGUCUCUCUUGGUCAGGAACUUAAGUAGAAACUGUUGGGCCGCUAGGGAGUCACCUCCAUUACUUUGAAAAUGCUCCCUUUUUCAUUGAGCCGACCUACAGGCUUCAACUGCUGUAGGGCCGGCCUGUGUGAGGUUAGGUAGGCCUCCGCAGGAUACCCAGCUCGACCUGUGGUAUUUCGCUUUGCUUUAUUCCUGCACUCACAAACGUCGUUAAUCUGUGAACAAAAAAAGUAUUACUUUUAUGGACAUUUUUUAUUGAUUAACUGCAACAGACACUAUCUCAUUUAAGAAGAGAAGUUGAAGAAACUAAUGUCAUGAGGAAGCAUUUUCCAAAUUGAAAUAUAGUGACUGUUUUAAGCUUUUUCUUUAAGACCCCUAGUACAGUGACUUGAAGUCGUGCAGUAAAACAUGUUUUAAAACCUUCGGUGACUUGAUUGAUUUGCUGCUUUGUAAAAAUAUCCUUAAAACCAAUAGUUCAUCAGCUUGCCAACUUUAAAUUAAUACAGUAGAAUGAAAUAGAUGUUAUUUUUAAAAUGAGAGACAAUACAACAAACCAGUCUGUACACUCGACAAUAAUAUUUCCAUAUGAAUGUUACCUUUUGUCUGUUUUGUUUGCUAGGUGCUUUUCUCCAAGGAAUUGAUGAUGUUUCUUGGGAACGUUAGCAACAAAGUCAACAUAAGCAAUGCCAGGAAUAGGAAUAAGGUCAUGUUGUUUAAUUAAAAUUAGGAUCUAGCAAAAAAAAAAAACCCAAAAAACAGAAACAAAAACAAGAGCAAACAUUUUAAAGCAAAUUUUGCAGUAAUCUCUGAUGUGGAAGGUUUCUGUAAUCUGACCUAGAGAAAAAAAUGGCAUAAAGGCAGUGAGAGAGAAGACAGACCAGAGAGAAAUGCUGGGUGGAGAUGAAAGGGAGCACAAUCGGAAGCCAUCAUCUCCUUUCAGUCUGCGGUGAACUCAAAGCACCCUUUCCAUAAACUGCCUUCUGGGCCCUCACAACAGCCUUUCGAGGUGGGGAGGGCUCACUCGCAGUGACAGCCUUAACAGAGUGAGAAGAGACCCCAGCUGUUGUUCAGGCCGAUCUCCCAACACCCCUUGGGGCAGCAUCUCUUCCAGGUAGGUGGACAUCCAGCCUCUGCUGUGAAUUGCUCAGUGGUAGAAUUCACAAGAUGGCCAAAUCUUUUGUUGAACAGUUAACCAUUUAUAUAUAUAUAUAUAUAUAUAUAUAUAUAUAUAUAUAUACACUGUAUUGAUGUCGAUCUCCCUGUAAUGACCCCCUAAAUUACACAUUCUGAUCUAGUAGCAACCUGGAUACCAAAAAGACCUCCCAAUGACGAAGCUAGCCAGUGCAGGUCUAGGAACCAAACAGCUUCCCUCUGUACAGUUCUGACUAUGGAAACCACACUCUUGCUCUCUCUGCCUCCUCUGCUUUCCAGAAGACAGACCAUGAACCUGUUUUACUGUGUCCAUGAAUACAACUGAACAAUGGCAUAUUUGUACCAGUGCCCUGGGUAUUUGAAAUAAGGCCAUCAAAGUCCUGUCUGUAAUUACCACUUGGCGUGUCCAGGCUUAUCUGUCAGAGGGCCUUGGAAGCUGGAAAAGGAAUGUGCUUCCGCAAGCCAUUUGAUUUCCUCAGUGAAGUAAGUGUCCCUUGAUUACCCAGGCUGGUUUGAAGCUCUUCAUCACAUGUAUUCCUCCAGAGAGAAAAACACAAUGAUAUUGCCAAUAGACCUUCCUCUCACACACAAAAGGGUGCACAUGAAAGCCUGCAGAUAAUACAACAAGGUUUUUGUCCUCAUCUAAAUUUUUGAUUAACAUUGUGAUUAAAGAGAUUUCAGUAGUCACAGAGUAACAUAAAUGUAAUUUUUUUAGGUAAUGCUUUUAUGAACCACAACUUUAAAUAUUCAGCCAACUGCUCCUAUCAACAAAAGUAUCCCUGUUAAUUUUUGUAUUUUUUCAAGAUGAGUCAUAGUAAAUUAAUUCCCAAGCUAUCUGUUCAAUCUCCGGUCUAUCAUGCCAACUUAAAAGUUCAGUCCACAAAGUUACCUUUUAAGAAAGAAGACGAACAUCUGAUUUCAAAAGACUCCCUGGAAGCUGAUUCAGAAAGCCUCACUCAAGAGGUUAAUUCCCCAUCUGAACUUGAAGACAGAAUCCAGGACCACAAUGUGGAGACUGACAGCUUGGAGGAGGAAAGCCGUCCACAGGAUAGCCUUAGUGAGACAGAAGAGGAAGCAAGCAGAAAGGCAGCUCAGGUGGCCAGCAAGGACAACCUCCGUUCUUGGGACAGUGGCAUGAAAAACAGCCAACACCCAGAAGAAGACAAAUACUCAGAUCUCCGCUAUGACCCAAACUGGAAGAGUAAGAGAGGAGAAGGGCAGUCAUUGAGUGUGGAAACAUCGCCAGAGUCUCCAGACAGCUCCACAGAAAAUCUGACUUUGGGUCCACUCUACCCCUCCAGGGAGACUUCACUGGAACUCCCAGGGGGGAAGGGCGAACAGAAAAAGAGCCCACAGAGCGAAGCCUCCUUACUUGGUAGUGAAUUUUUAAGCCCAAACUAUGAGCAUGGUGCCCAUCGCAGCAAGCUGUUUUCAGAGUUGAGCGACAAUGAUGUGGCAGAGAAAUCCAGAAGCCCCUCUCCUUACUCGAAGAGUUCCAAGUCACGUAAAGAGGUUUUCUCGUCAGGACCACGUGGCCCUCGCCGAAGGAAGUCCAAACAAUAUUUUGUGGAAAAAAAUAAGCUGACUUUGGGAUUACCUACCCCUAAAGUGGACUCUUACCUUCAACUUCACAAUAGAAAAAGGGAGGAAACUCACACAGAACAGGAGCACUGGUCUCAAUAUGAAAGUGCAAGUCCAAGUACCGCACCAACAGGUCAGUCUCCCGAAACAACCAGCAGGCAGCAACCUCCCAGAAGACCAGCCACACACCACAGUCGCAAACAGCGGAAACGCAACCGUGGCCUGAAGUCUCUGGUAACUGAAGAGCUGGUCGUCAGUCAGGGACACCACAAAAACACUCCCAGACAGCAACAAAGUCAAAAUAAGCCUGUUGAUGCUUCAACAGAGCAUGAAACAAUUGUGAUCAUGAACGCCCCUAACUAUGACUUACACCACUCAAGUGCACUUGGAAGCCAGGAGCCCAAAGUGGCCUCCAAUAAAUCUGCUCCAGCACAGCAGACUUCUGACAAGAUAUCAUAUAAACACUCUAUUGGAUAUCACUCAGUGAUGAAUUUUGGGAAAGAAAGAAGACGCAAAGACCAAGAAGAGAAAAGAGUUUCAUACCAGCGGCUACACACCAACACUCUUUCCCACCUGGACUUGAACUACCUUCAUGGCCUUCCCGAGAGACAAGUGCCCCUGAGUCACACAGGCUCUCAGUCUCUUUCUAACAUAAAUGUUGACCGAGCAGCUGGAAGUAAGAAGCAACGCAGACAAACUUAUGCAGAGACAAAAUAUAAGAACUUGGAAAUAUUAUGGAAGUUCCAUUCUUCCUCAAACAGCCGACCUGCGAGCGUGUCUCCGGACUCGCGGCUUGCCCAGGUCAUGGAACAGCAUGAGCACGCCUUGCUGCAGCUGACUGAGGUGCAGCCGCAUGAAGCAGCCUUGGCCAGUGUCACCUUCCCACCCAUAUUGUCAAGAAUAGAAAGUGAAUCCCAAGUCAACUCAGAGAAAAGCCAAAGACACCAAAUGAAAAUUAGUCGUAGCAAUUCUGAAGGCUAUCUGUUUCAACUGGAAAAAGGGAAAAGGCAUAGAAAAAGGAGCGUUAAGAGUCCCAAGCUGAAAGGUUACCAGAAAAGAGACGUGAAGCUGGGAGGCCUUGGACCUGACCUUGAGUCCAUCAGAGACAAAAUGCAGAAAUUAAUACACCAAAAGGAAUAUGCAAAACAGGUUAAGGAGUACAACAUGAAGACACUAUCCAUUCUGUCAAAACCACACACAACAAAAACAGAAAAAUCGGCCCUCUCUCGGCAGAAGGCUUUGGAAUAUGCUAAGACCAUCCCAAAACCCAAACCUUCAAAUCUGACUGACCACACGUCAAAGGAUAAGAAAGAUCCAGCCUAUGCAGGAAAAGAAGACACUUUGCCUGAAAUCUCCCUGCUGGAAAUACUGCAGAGCAGACACGAAAGGGAGAAAAAAGCUGUGGCUGCUUUCAAAGUCCUUCAAAUUGUCUAGGCCCAUGUGCAGGGGACCAAAAAUGCCCUGAGAAUGGACACGCAGCAAAGAAACUCCAACUAGCCUCUCCGCAUUGAGAGUGGCGAGCUGUUAUCAAAAUCAAACUGUGCUCCCUCUUUGAGUGUGAUUUAAAAUAUGGGGCCCUAUUAUGUUAUGGUGCCAUAUUUUACCUUUUAGGAAGAAAAAUUUAAAUUAUUUAUUUUCAAAUCAGAAUUUGGGGCUGAGUAAGAGUUAGGGAAUAAAGCCUUUUGGU